UUGAGUGAAUUGACCGGCCUAAAUAAAAAUGGCCCGGACUAGAAUUAAGUGUCUCUUCAUACUUUUCUCCCUAGUAUAUUUUGUUUCCGCGAGAUCACUUCCCUUAAUUCGUGAAUCUAUGUCUUCAAUUUCAAUCAGGGAUGAAGUGUACAGUACACCCAGUAAGCAAGAUGAAACUAUUUGGAAAGCAAGUAACGAGAUCGUACAAGAAAUAAAAUACGACCAAAAUACAACUAAUAGAAAUUUUAACAGAAAUGAAGAAACACUUAACAAUAUAAGACCCGGUCAAUCCGUGAGCAGUUACAAAAUUGAACUUACAAGAGAAGGUGAUAAUAUUAAAGGAAAAGCAAUCAUAGAUGUGAUAUUAUCUGAUCAAAGUUUAAGAAACCCUAUAAAGUUUAAUAUUAUGGGGCUCGAUAUAGAAAAUGUUCAAGUUGGUCAAAUGACAGACACCAAUCUUCAGGAUGCUGAUAGUGACAUAAUCAAUGAUGUUAUUUUACAAAUUAGGCCGAGACAAGCACAGGCCACUACCAACAUAGUUGUCAUUGAUUAUAGUGUACCAUUGAGAAACGAUGGAACUGGCAUUUUUUUAGGGACAUGGGAUGAUAAUGAGUACAUCGCAAUGAACCUGCAUCCAACCAACGCAAGACGUGUGUUUCCUUGUAUGGAUGAGCCCAAUUUAUCCGCUAGGUAUUUAACUUUCACCUUUAAGGACAUGGAUAAUUUCGCAAGAUUACUGACAAAUAGCCGAUUAGUUGAAGGGAGUACAACAAUAUUUGAAACUUUGGAAGGACCAGUUCAUCGGUGGGCCAUGGUGGCGCACAGCUUGAACCACGUCAACACGCCAGUUACAGACCUUGUCAACCUGUAUGCCCGAGAAGGUACCAACCGGCAGGAGACUGUAGCUUCGGGGGCUAUUAGCCAUUUCUACAAUGCACUGAACGAGUGGACUGGUAGAGAACAUCAAAAUAUUAUAAGGGAUCAAAAUGGAGGCUUACACGUGAUGGCGAUGCCUGAUGUGGCCCGCGACUGGUACGGUCUGUCCACUUUGUGUAUUUGGGAACCUUACAUCCUGAUGGAGAACAACAAUGCUGUGAAGCAAAGAAAGACUGCACUCGUGACGAUAGCUGAAGGAAUGGCGAGACAGUGGUUCGGCUGGGCAUUGUUCCCUGAGAACUGGAGAGACCAAUGGGUGACGGCAGGCCUGGCCAGCUAUGUUGCGUACGAAAUAGCGAAGGAUUUUCAAACUCCUCCCGAAGAUCAAGAGGACAAUUCCCUCAUAGACAUGAACGCAAUAUUUACCACAGAUGUCAUUCAAGAGAGUCUCUUGUAUGAUGCGUAUGCUAGCGCUACAGCCUUAAGGUUAAACGAUCCUAUUUUUGAAGAACACCAAAUACGACAACACACGCUGGGGCUGUUGAAAACCAAAGCGCCUGCGCUGCUGCGUAUGACCAGAUUGGUUCUGAGUGAAGAAAGAGAUUUGGUUCAAACAGCUGCACAAGGACUUUUAAAUAGGAGAAUCAUAACCUCGGUGACUACUACAAACUUGUACGAAAGCCUGAGCAACGGAUAUGGCAGUGACGCUGGAAGUGGUCUAAUUGGUUCUGUAGAAGAAUUCCUACGUCCAUGGGUAGAGAACGAAGGCUACCCUGUCAUCACCGUCACUAUGCGACGAGGAGGUGUUUAUCUCAUGCAGGAACGAUUUGGUUUCUCAGAACGACGAAACGUCGACUAUACGACACCGUUAACGUUCACAACGAGCUCGGAUCCCAACUUUGACGAAAUAUUUCCUACACAUAUGAUGACAUCGAGUCUGCAGAUAGAUUUGGAAUUGGGUGAAGAUUGGAUCAUAUUUAAUCUCCAAGGACAAGGUUAUUAUCGCGUAAAUUAUGACGAUACUUGGGAUAGGCUCAUUAGAGCUCUAUCAGACCCAGAAACUAGAGAAGAGAUCCAUCCACUUAAUCGUGCUUCUCUUCUCGAUGACGCCUUGAACUUGGCUCGUGCCGGCAAAAUAGACUACGCUAUAGCAUUACAAAUAGCUUUAACGAUGGAGCUUGAAACAGAAUAUGCAGUUUGGAAAGCCUUCGUGAGGAACAUGGAUUUCAUCAGGAAACGCCUAGUUCCUUUUGUAGAAGAAAAUGAUCGGGAUGAUAACAUUUACUUGAGAAUGAUCAGGAGAACGAUAGUGACGGUACAAAAAGAAAUAGGUUUUGAACCAGAGGCCGCAGAACCUGCUAUGAUAUCUCUAACGAGAGGCCUAGUGAUGGAGCACGCGUGCAAAGUUGGCUACGAGCCUUGUGUUGCUGCUGCGGUUGAUAUAUUUUAUGACCCAAGCAAUGAAGGAGAGAUAAAUCCCGACAUUCCCCCAGAGAUAAGGCCGGCAGUAUACUGCACCAUGAUAAGGGAAGAUGAAGAAAAUGAAGUCAGAGAAGCUCUUGAGAGUCAUUUGGAUCAACUAGAGUCUAGAUAUGAGCGACUCGUUAUUUUGGAAUCUUUGGCAUGUUCGAACGAUGGAGGAUUCAUUCUGACAUUACUUCGCGAAACGAUUUCUGAUACCAGCUCGUAUAAUUUCGUGUUGGAAGAGAGAUUAAAGGUCUUCGCAGCCGUGGCUUCCUCGAGUUUCCAGAAUUCAGUACUUGCGCUCAACUUCCUUAUUGUAAAUACCCAAGAAAUAAGAGAAAUGUACGGUGGUCCUGAUAAGCUCGAGGAGGCGAUUUUCAUAAUGGCCGAAAAUGUCGUUAAUGCUGGUCAGAAAGACCAAUUCAACAAUUGGGUCAACAGUCAGAAUGAAUUAAGCAGACUCGACGACUCGAUAGAGGUCGCGAGAAGGGCACGACAUCGCCUAAAUGAGAACCUGGAUUGGAUCGGAGACAAUUUGGAAGAUGUUUACGACUGGAUCGAUGAAAAUGAUGCAUCCACUGUAUUUGCAUCCACUCUAUUGUUAUGUAUAUCUAUGUGUAUUGCAUUGUUUAACCAAUAUUAG